AUGUAUUCCGAAUCUGAUAGUCAAGAAUCAGAAUAUACUGAACGGCCAUCCAAGCCCUCAAGACCACCGAGAAAAAAACGUAGGCGGGAUGUCAAAGAAGAACCAGGCGCAAAAGACGUCGUAGAAUUCCCAAUCCAGGCUCUUUUCUCUGUCCUACGGUCCGAGUACGGCGAUGAAGAGGCUUCCUUUGAACGUCUUGUUGAACCACUUCUCCCGGAUCUUCUCAGCGCUCGAGAUAGCUUGGAAAAAAAGUUUAUUGAACGAGACGAAAAUGGAAAUCUUACUCGUCCGCUGAGGCAAUCCGAGAUAUCGUUUUUUGUUCAGGAGCUUUCUAAAAAACAAGAGCCAUCGAAAACCGAAGCUAUUAUACGUCGUAAACUCAAGCUAGAACAACAAAGACGCGCGAAUCGUCUCGACCAACCGACUAUCUCUGCUCCAGACUCCGAUUUGACACCCCUUUCUGCUGAUACAGAACCCACUGCAGAUCCGGAGGUCUUGAAAGCACUCUAUGAUAUCCAAACCACGCCAUUCGAGAUGUCAUUCCUCGCACGUUUAGAGGGAGCAAAAAAUAAUUUCCCUCCUGGCCUUAUUUCAGUGGAUUGGGAAACACGUACGCCUUGGAUGAAUCUUAUGGCUGACAUACGGGAGCACUAUACAUUUGCCCAUCCCGAAAGAGAGCCUGCGAUUGAAGCAAUAGCACCUAUCACAUACUCCACUCUCCAUGAGUAUCAUUUGCCUCAGGUUCACGAUCUACUGGAGCGAUCCUUCUGGAGUGGUAUUGAUGUCUCAGAUGCUCUUGAUUAUCUUCCUGAGAAAACGACCAUGGUGGCGAUGUACAAGAAGGUUGUUGUUGGCGUUGCCAUUAUUAUGUCUCCAAUUCAGACAUACAUCACGUUCCUUGCCGUAAAAUCAGGCUGGGAUAAAGCACAGAUCGCCAGGACCAUGCUAUUCCAUCUCAUAUCCAUGCACCCAGACAAAGAUUUUACUUUACACGUUUCAGCAAACAGUUCUGCCAUGCUUUUAUACAAUCAGUUUGGAUUUAAGGCAGAAGAAUUUGUUGCUGGCUUUUAUUCCUCUUACCUCGAUUCCAACUCUCGUGCAUCCAAAAACGCAUUCAAGCUUCGACUUCGCCAUAUAUGA